AUGUUGUCAAAUCUUGUAUUUUCCAAUGUUUGGAUGCUACUCGCCCUACCGGCCUUUUACUGGCUGGGAUGGAUCAUCUACACAAUCGCUUUCCAUCCUUUGAGGAAGAUCCCGGGUCCCUUUCUUGCUAUCAUCUCACGGUUGUGGUACAUGCGCAAGAUCUGGACGGAGGAUGUCGAGAAGGACGAGAGAGCCCUUCACGCCAAAUACGGCCCGCUGGUCCGAAUCGCACCAAAUGAGAUAUCAUGCUCCGACCCCGAAGCCUUUUCUGCCAUCUAUCGGUUCUCCAACGCAUUGGACAAAGCACAGUUCUAUGAGCCUUUCAACACCACCGGUUUCAGUCCGCACGGCGACAUCUUCUCUUGCCAGAGCGACAAGAAGCAUGGCCAGAGGCGCAGAAUUAUCAGCAACAUCUACUCCAUGACGAAUGUCGCCAAGUCAGAAGAGUACAUUGACACUUGCAGUGAUCUUCUGACGGAACGACUGAGUCAGUUCGCAGACUCUGGCAAACCUUGUGAUCUCGGGGAAUGGCUUCACUGCUUUGAUAUGGAGCCAAGUCCUUCUUAUACUGUCUCUAGGUACACGUUUGACAUUAUCGGCGAGCUUUUCUACGGUCGUGCUUUCGGGUUCAUCGACGAAGGUAAAGAUCAAAACGACUGGAUCAAGUCGUUGGAUAAGAUGAUCCCGUUUGUUUGUUUGAUGGGUGUCGCUCCGCCAAUUCUGCGACCUCUUCUUGGCGUGGGAUGUAUGUUGUCACAGGCUGGUAAAGAGAUUGCAAAGGGAGUGUAUGUUACAACCCUGGAGAUUAUCAUGGACGCCGCUGAUCUAUUGGCAACUAGCAAAAACAUUGGCGAGUCAUCCGCACGCCUCAUGGAAGAGGCUUAUGCUUCACGCUUGGAAGCACCCCGGACGGACAUGGCCCAACAAAUUUUCGCUAUCUAUGAGAAUAACGGCGAGAAGGUGGACUACCGCUGGGGUGAUGUUGAACAAGAGUCAUACGGCGCGCUCUUCGCUGGUAGUGACACUACCGCUAUUGCUUUUCGCUCGUUAUUCUACCAUCUCAUGCACAAUCCUGAAGUCCGCAGCCGACUCGAGACCGAGAUUGACCAGGCAGUGGACGAGGGCCGUCUGACAAUGCCCGUCGCUUAUAAGCAGGCAAGCCAGCUUCCGUAUCUGUGUGCGUGUAUCAAGGAAGCUCUACGCAUCUGGCCUGGCGCACAGCUUUCCCUACCUCGAACUGUCCCCCCGGAAGGUAUGGAUCUUUGCGGCCAGUUCAUCCCCGGAGGCUAUGUCGUCGGAAUCAACGCCGCUGUCAUGCACUUUGACAAGAAAGUGUUUGGACAAGACGCCGAUGACUUCAACCCGGACCGAUGGAUGGAUCCAGCCCGCGCCAAUUACAUGGACAAGUAUAUGAUGGCUUUCGGUGGUGGUACUCGCACUUGCCUGGGAAAGAACAUUGCCAUGAUCGAAUUGCACAAGCUAUCUCCUCAGCUUAUUCGCAAUUUCCGGUUCGAGUUUUACGACCAGGAUAAGACGCGGUGGCACACUCGCAACACAUUCUUUGCUCGACAAGAGGGUGUAGUCGUGCGUGUCAAGCAUCGAAAGCACUGA